AUGGCUUCUCCAAAUCUCAACGCUGCCGACCUUUUCGGCGUCAAGGGCCUCAUCGCCGUAGUCACGGGUGGGGGAACUGUGGCAACUCUCAACAUUCGCUCAAAGUUCGAACUAGGCAUCGGUCUCAUGAUUGCACAAGGCCUCGAGGCCAAUGGCGCUAUCGUGUACAUUAUCGGCCGACGGAAAGAGGCUUUGGAACAGGCGGCAAAGACAGCUAAAAACAGCAACAUUCGCACCAUUCAGGGUGACAUCACUUCAAAGAUCGACCUCGAGCGAGCGGUCGCAGAGAUCAAGGAGGCCCAUGGAUACGUCAACGUCGUCAUCGCUAACUCAGGGAUCGGCGGACCGGCUCUCAAGGGCUUGCCUCCUAAUCCAACCAUUGCUCAGUACCGCGAGUUUGUCUUCGGCUGGGAACAGAAGGACUUCACUGAGACCUUUGCCGUGAAUACCACCGGCGUGUUCUUCACGGUCGCAGCAUUCCUGGAACUUCUCGAUGAGGGUAAUAAGCGCAGCAACUUCAAGCAAAGGAGCCAAGUUAUCGCGACUAGUAGCAUUGGCGCGUACAACCGCAACCCGAUGGGCUUCGCCUAUGGAGCGUCAAAGGCGGCUGUAGUGCAUAUGUUCAAGCAAUUAAGCACCACAUUGGUUCCAUUCAACAUCCGCGCCAACGUGAUUGCACCUGGUUUCUACCCGAGUGAGAUGACAACAGCAACGGUCGAGGCCCACAAGGAGGGUUGGCCCAAGACUACCAUUCCGGAAGAGAGAGCGGGAGACGUAGAAGAUAUGGCUGGAGCGGUGUUGUUCUUGGUUAGCAGGGCAGGCGCUUACACCAACGGCAAUGUGCUCGUAACAGACGGCGGAAGGCUUGGAAUCGUGCCGUCUAGCUACUGA